UACACCUAAUGAGUCAUGGGUGAAGUCUCGCUCUUCCUUCUACAUAGACUUCAAAAACAGAGUGACAAUAGUUGAUCCUUCUUCCUCCAAUGGCCACUUCAAAACCGAUAUCCCCAUUCCGACUAUCCUCCCUCCUCCGCUCCCAAAAGAACCCAUCCCUCGCACUCCAUCUCUUCCUCAACCCCAAUCCUCAAAACCCCCCAUUCCACUACUCCCUCCUCUCCUACGACCUCAUCAUCACCAAACUCGGCCGCGCCAAAAUGCUCCCUCAAAUGGAACUCAUCCUCCAACAACUCCACAGCGACACUCGCCACCGCGUCCCCGAACCCCUCCUCUGCCACGUCAUCUCCUUCUACGCACGUGCCCGUCUCCCGUCACGUGCCAUUCAGACCUUCCUCUCCAUCCCCUCCUUCCGCUGCACCCCCACUCACAAGUCAUUCAACUCCCUCCUCGAUGCUCUCCUCACCUGCCGCCAAUUCCAUACAUUAACCCAAUUCUCUUCCCGUUUAACCCGAUUCGGCUCCCCAAAUGCCUGCACCUACAACAUCCUCAUCCGAUCCUCCUUCGUUCAAGGCCACGUAGACCGCGCCUUGGAACUGUUCGAUGAAAUGCGCAGCAAAGGCGUUGGUCCGAACAGCAUUACCUUUGGGACGUUAAUCCACGGGCUUUGCAAAAACACGCGUCUGCAUGAAGCAUUCCGAAUGAAAAAAUUGAUGCUUGAGGAGUUUAAGUUGAAGCCAUGUGUCUCUGUUUACACUAACUUGGUUAAAGGAGUUUGCGAGAUUGGGGAACUUGAUUGGGCGUUUAGGAUCAAGGAUGAGAUGAGUAGGAAGAACUUGAGAUUGGAUGCAGUUGUUUAUAACACUUUGAUCAAUGCACUUUUUAAGGCGGGGAGAAAGGAUGAUGCUUUAAGGGUUUUGGAAGAAAUGAAGGAGAGUGGUUGUCAUUGGAAUUCGGUUACUUGUAAUGUGAUGAUUGGAGAGUUUUGUAGAGAGAAGAAUUUCGAAGAAGCUUAUAGGGUUUUGGAUGGGGUGGAAGGUGUUAAGCCUGAUGUUUUUGGUUAUAAUAUGGUGAUUGGUUGGCUGUGUAGAGAAGGCAAAUGGAGUGAAGCAAAUGAUUUGUUUCAGGAUAUGCCGCGACGUAAGUGUGUACCCGAUGUUGUUACGUACCGCACACUGUUUGACGGGCUUUGCCGGGGGAGGCAGUUCCGGGAAGCUGCAUUUGUUUUGGAUGAGAUGUUGUUUAAAGGGUAUGUUCCCGUUUCAAAGAGUUUGAAUGAAUUUGUUGGUGCUUUGUGCAAGGAAGGGAACUUUGAGUUGUUGUCUACAGUUUUGAGUGGGUUGGCAACUAAAGGAGAUUUUUGCAAUGAGAGUAUAUGGAAUGUUGUGGUUUCCAUGGUUUGCAACCAGGAGAAGUUAGCGGUAGAACCAUAUGAAAUUUUUGAUGCCUUGUCGGUGCUAUGAACCGUAUUCUGCUUUUGCUUCAUCAUCGGUAGAUUUUGUUUAACCAUACGCACAAGUUAAGAUACCGUUCAUCUUCAUGUACAAAACAUGAUUCUUGAUUGUUUAAGCAUCAUGAUCCACUCUUAGGUCAUGGCUGGGGUAUACGAUAACACCAACUAAUCAUACCAUUAGCUUGACAAGUCUAGCUCACAUUAACACGUUCAAAGUUUAAAAUAUAACCGCUACAAAAAAUUUGGCCCUCAAAUGUCCAAGUUUGUCUUUUGGCUGCUGCCAUCUUGAAUGAUAGUUACAGUUAGCCAAUUCUAUUCAUUUGGCCGUCACAUGUCAAAGUUUAUCUUUUGGCUGUUACCAUCUAGAAUGAUAGUUAUGGUUACACAACUCUAUUCACUUGAUCAUCAUAUACACAAAUUUGCCUUUUGGCUGGUACCACAUUUUCAUAUCAAAUACCGAGAAGGUAAAAAGUAUUUUAUAUUGGUUCUUCAAAAUGAUUUAUGGAAUAGCUGCUGGUUAUCAAAAUUUUGUUAACAUGAGGAUAUGACCCAUGUUCAUGUUUUUUAAUUAUGAGUGAGUUGUAGCCAAAUUUGGUUUUGUAAAUGCAGUUAUCGUAGCUGCUGCAAAUGAAUAUUGCAUCAUCAGUGAUAUAGUCUUGGAUGUUAUCCAACAUUAAUUUGGUUGAUGAAUUUUCCGAGCUAUAUCUGCAAAUUUAUAGGCAAGAAUCUCAUACUGAUGUAAUAUGGGCCUACAGCAAGGUUGUUAUCAAGCUACAUUCUCACAGGCAAGAAUCAUAGUUUGUAAAUCAUGAUGGUCUGAUUCCAAGAGAAAACAAAGUUUUCUUACUUCUAUUUUAACCUUGGUUUGAGACUCAAAGUCAUGUUCAGAUAUAAAGCCUACUGAGUCCUUACAAAAUAUUUAUUUGUGGACGAAAGUCAAUUUAUACACUCAAAUUGCAGUUUGGGUGAAGCAAACGGAAAUCUAAAAAUGCAGACCUAGCAUAUUUUAGUUUCAACUACUAAAGUAUUUUGCGACUAUUUAGCUUCAAUUGCCAUUAGUCUGUUGUUGAGUGUUUGAUAAAAAAAGUUGAUGAUUUGUCAUCAUGUAAUACUUGGUGCAUUCUUCCUUUUCUUCGAAGUUGCAUGCAAGAGAAGGCGUUAAAACAGUUAUGGAUCAGGACUGUUUCGGAUUUCCCUUGGCAGAUUGAUGUUGAGGUAGAUGGUGUUGAGUUGAGGCCCAUUGGGCAACACUCUAAUAUCUGCACAGUAAUGUUCGAAGAUUGGAGCCAUUAAAACAGAAAUGAAUACAGUUACUUGAAUUAUGUAAUUUUGUUGCUGAAAUUUGUAAUAUUCCUUGAGAGAUAGAAUAGAACUCAACUGGCUGGGAUAUGAUAUUUUCAUUCUGUAUCCAUUUAGUUUAUCCUGAUACCUUUUAUUU